AUGGAUUCCCUGGUGGAGGGGAACCACACUGCAGUGACAGAGUUCGUUUUAUUGGGCCUAACACAGGAUCCAGUCCUUCGAGUCAUCCUCUUCAUCAUCAUCCUGGGCAUCUACCUGGUGACUGUAUUGGGAAAUCUCUGCACAAUCCUUCUCAUCAGAGUCUCCACUCAGCUCCACCACCCCAUGUACUUUUUCCUUGGUCAUUUAGCUUUUGUUGACAUAGUCUUUUCAUCUUCUGUCACACCCAACAUGUUGGUCAACUUCCUGGUAGAUAAAAAUACAAUCUCCUACCAUGGAUGUGCAAUCCAGUUGUGUACAUUUGUUUUCUUUGGGGCAGCUGAGUGCUUUCUUCUGGCUGCCAUGGCCUAUGAUCGCUUUGUGGCCAUUUGCAACCCACUGCUCUAUUCAACCAAAAUGUCCACACAAGUCUGUGUGCAGCUACUUGUAGGAGCUUACAUAGGAGGAUUUCUUGAUGCUUCAUCCUUUACCAUUUCCUUCUGUUCUUUCCUCUUCUGUGGACCCAACAGAGUCAAUCAUUUCUUCUGUGACUUUGCUCCACUACGUGAAGUAGCCUGUUCUGAAGAUAGUGUCCUCAUACUUCUUUCCACAUUUACUGCUGGUUUCAUUGUUGUCUUCACAGUGAUUGUCAUAAUGGUCUCCUACAUCUACAUUUUCAUCACUAUCCUGAAGAUGCGCUCCACUGAAGGACGCCAGAAGGCCUUCUCCACCUGCACUGCCCAUCUCACUGCAGUUUCUCUGUUCUAUGGGACCAUUACAUUCAUUUAUGUGAUGCCAAAAUCCAGUUAUUCCACUGACCAGAACAAGGUGAUAUCUGUGUUCUACAUGGUGGUGAUCCCUAUGUUGAACCCCCUCAUCUAUAGUCUUAGAAAUAAUGAGAUUAAGAGUGCUCUAAAGAAAGAGCUUGGUGGGAAAAAAAUUAGAAAGGCCUGUCAUUUUCUAGUCUUUACGAUGAAAUAA